AGUGUGAUUCUUAUCAUCGACUGCAUGUGUGUAAGAAGUGCUGUUGGACACAAUUUCUGUUUUCGUUAAGAAAUAACCCGAUAUCUGUCAAUUCUAAGGUGAAUCAUUUAUUGGACGCCAUAAGGUAGAUAAGAAUCUCGCAUUUUUUAAGAGAAUCAACCACACCUUCCACGCAUUAGUCAGUCAGUGAAAGGCAAUUGCAGACAGAAGAGAGAGACACCAGAAAGCCGUGCUAAAGAAAACACACAAUAAACAGAAAGUAUAAUGAACAAUAACCACAAAAGAGAACGAUAACAACGACGUAAAAUAAAAAAAGAAAAAAGAGAGAAACAGAAACAGAGAAAACAGCGAAAUGGUAAGAUUAAGAAGCCUGGAGAAAGGGAGAUGGCGAGGGCAGGGAGCAAAAUGGCACUCCUUGCACCCCACGCUGGCCCUCCUGUGUGCCUUGGCGUUGCAGCAGACAGUUGCAUUCAACGUGAACCUCGACGAUGCCCAGGUCCUGCAACCGCCGUCGCAGACUGGGAUUCACUUCGGCUUCUCGCUCGCUCACUUCGUCAACGGGACGGAGAGAAGACUCCUGGUGGGGGCGCCCUUGGCCAACACCUCGAAGGACGUGAGCCAGCCCGGCGCCCUCUACGCCUGCGACCUCGGCAGCAGCCCCUCGUGCACGCAGCUGGAGGUGGACUGGAGGAAUACCGACGACAAGUACAAGUCCUGGAUCUCCGAGGACAAGAAGGAGCACCAGGGACUCGGGUUCUCGGUCGUGGCGUCGGAGGAGAUCGUGGUGGUGUGCGCCCCCAGAUGGCACGCCUACGAAUCCGUGACCGGUGGACUCAAGGACCUCGCAUCCGGCAUCUGCUUCUCCGCCAGGGCUCCCAAUUUCGACAAGUUCACUGCAUUCUCACCCGCCUAUGACGUAAUAGGCAUGAAUACCAAGUUCGCGAGUUACGAUAACAACGGAACGUGCCAAGUGGGACUAAGCGUGUCAUACAGUCAGGAGACUGAAACGGUAUCUUUCGGAUCGCCCGGGUGCUGGAGCUGGCAAGGUGACGUCUGGAACAUCCACAAAGACACCUUAACAGACAAGGACACCUUCCACCGGGCUCAGAAAAUUGACUUCAAGGACGUCGACCUCACCAGCAGUCCAGAUGGCAGAUAUUCCUCCCUGGCAGACCUCUAUCUGGGCUACAGUGUUGCCAGCAUCACGUAUGCCAGUAAGCCCGCCGUUGUGUCUGCCAUGCCGCGGGCUGUGUCAACGCAUGACUUGAAGGUGGUGGAGAAGAACAAAGUUUUUGGUCCAGUGAUCCUGAUUUUCGAAGAGGACCAAAGUAAAUUGAACGUUUUGGAUACUAUUAAACCACCGCUUAACGAGUCCAACAACUUCGAAGCCACGAAGGACUCCAUGUUCUCCUACUUCGGGUACUCGCUGACGACUGCUGACGUGAACGGCGACGGCUUGGACGACCUGGUGGUGGGGGCGCCCCUGUACCACAACGACUCGCAUCACGACCAGGGUGCUGUGUUCGUGUACAUGCAGAAGAGGUUCGACUAUGGAGGCGACGGGGUGGUGGGCGCGGAGAUGAAACUUGAACCGAAUUCUCCGUUACGAAUGGGACACGAUUCCUAUGGUCGAUUCGGCAGCUGCGUGGCUUCCGUUGGGGACCUUGGCGGCGAUGGCUACCAAGAUAUAGCCGUGGGCGCCCCCUUCCUGGAAAGUGGCGGGAAAGUGUUCAUCUAUUUGGGAUCACGUGAUGGACUGGGAAAAACGCCGAGCCAGGUAAUAGACGCGAUGGAUAUGCCCUCGUCCGUUCGUCCGCUUGAUGGCUUCGGAUUCGCAAUCGCUCAGAAGAUGCCUGACGCAACGGGAAACGGCUUUGACCUUGGAAUCGGAGUCUUCAAUUCGGAUAAGGUGUUGGUGUUCAAGACGAAGGAAGUCAUUGCGGUGGAAUGGAACGUGACUUUCAGUGGGAAAAUGAACCUUACGAGCAGCACCUGCAUCAUGGCUGGUGAUACCUCAGCAGGCAAAUAUCCUUGUGUUGACAUGAAAACAUGUUUCCUUUAUCGGGUAUUGAACACCAAGACGAAGACGAAGCAGACUUUGGAGUUUACCAUCAAAUUGGAAGCAGAUAUUAAGCAGCAGAAGAAGCGGCUCUUGUUUAACAACGGUCGGGCAGAAACGAAUCUGAUAUUCAACCAAGAAAAGGACCAAAUGUCUUGCCAGGAAGAAAAGGUGUAUGCCAAGAGAGACAUCGAGGAGCUGAUCCAGCCUUUCGUCAUACAAGCUGAAGUUGACAUGAAAGGAGCAUCUCAGUCGGUGAUAUUAGACGAACAGGCAACUCGUGUUUUGGAAGAGGAACUGCCCAUUCUAGUGCAGUGUGAGGGCGGAGUUGCAGACAAGUGUGAGAGUGAUCUGGAGUUGACGUAUACCUCAAACACCACAUACGCGCUCAAGAAAAUGGAAUCCAUCCCCGUGACCUUCAGGCUGACGAACCGCGGGGAGGUUGCCUACAACACGCGGCUCGUGAUAAACAGCAACGGCGACCUCAUCAGCAAAGAGCAAGCCGACAGCGCGGGCGGGGUGGUGUGCGAGACGAAGCACAAGCCGCCCAAGAUCGAGUGCAAGAUCGACGCCAUCUUCAAGAAGGGGGAGAAGGAAUUCGAAGUCGUCAUGAUGCCCCAUCAGAACUUCUUCGGUUCCCUCGAAAGACACCUCGCCUUCUUCACGGUCGAAGCCGAAGCCGAAACCACGUCCGUGCAGAAGAAUCCGGACGCGGCGAAGACGAAAUUCCAAAUUCCAAUCAUCGUGAAAGGCAAUUUGGACUUGACGAAAGAAAACUCCAACCCCAGUCACGUCAGCUACAACAGCUCGUACGACAAGAGCCCGGCCGAGGCUUCCAACGAGCAGGAACUGGGCGAGCAGGUGAUCCACAAGUAUAAGAUCUACAACAGCAACCCUAUUCGAUCUACGCACCAAGUUGACGAUUUCUGGCCCCUCAAAAUAGACGGCCUCUACCUCCUCUACUUGCUGGACAACCCGACCAUCACGGGCAUCAAGGCGAGCUGCCACUACGAAAACGGAGAAGUAGACAAGUACAACAUAUCGAAGCGAAUACCCGACCCGACCGAAGAGACCACGUUCUCGAGGGACCUGCUUCGGUGGCG